AUGGAGACCUACCUGGCCCCUGGCCCCGAGUGCAGCCUGCAAGGCGGGACCUUGCUGGAGAAGCUGGCAGAGGGUGUUGCUGAAGAGGGGCGCCCAGAGUCAAGCACAGCAGAUCAUACUGGUCCCAAGUCUGACAUCGAUAUGCUGGUUUCACUUCUGAGGCAAAAAAAAAAUGCAAGAGAUGUUUGUGUAAUCAAGGUUCCUCCUGAGAUGAAAUACACAAAUUACUUUGUGAUUGGGAGUGGAACGUCCACCCGACACUUACAUUUCAUGGCCUACAUUGUGAAAAUGUACAAAUACCUGAAGUAUAAAAGUGACCCUCGUGUUAAGAUAGGAGGGAAGGACACUGAAGACUGGCUCUGUGUGGAUUUUGGCAACUUGGUGAUUCAUUUGAUGCUUCCAGAAACCAGAGAAACCUAUGAAUUAGAGAAAUUAUGGACCCUGUGUUCUUAUGACGACCAGUUAGCGCAGAAAGUGCCUGAGACAUUACCUGAAGACUUCAUUCUUGGACCAGAAGACAACACUUCAUCCCUGACUCCAGUGGAGUUCAAGUGUGAAUAA